GAACCAAACUUUUCACACCUGAGUCACGUGCGGAGAUGGGAUUUAGUGAAUGUGACACUUGGUGUUAUUUAAAAGUUUGGAAAUUAUAGAAUCUAAAAUGGGUUUACAUAUUGUAAUUUUUGAUAGGAUAUAGUGCCAACUUUAGUGAUAAAGGGGGGAGUGAUAUUUUUGCUGUGAAAGGUCUGCAUGUACUAGUAGGCCUAUGAGGCUUCAUUAUUACUGGGUGUUGAACGAAACGAUGAAGGCGUAGAACAAGAGAAAAAUAAGAGACAGUACGGCGUGGAGAAAAGUAAACCCAAGAGAGGCCGAGCGAGAAAGCUACAUCGAUGUCAAGUUAAAACCCAUCUUAGCUGAACCAGAAGUAAACACAAAUAAGAAGACGAAGAUGCGGCAUUUGUUCGGCGUGUUUAUUACAGCGCUUUCGUGUGUUAUCCCGAUAGUCCAGCCUGAGGUACUGAAAUGGCGGCCGUACAAGAUUGAAAAUGAAGUCCUGCAAGCGCCUGCUGAUUUUGUGAAGAGAGUGCAUGUCAUCUACAUGAAUCAUUUAGAUGUGGGCUAUGAUGGACUCUACCCUAAAGAGAUUGGCUUCAUUAACAAUGUAUUAAACAAGUAUUUUGUGGAGUAUUUCCCACGAGCCGUCCAGCUUGCUGACACCUUACGAAAAGGAGGUCACAAUGAGACAUUUAUUUACACCACACAUCCCUGGCUGGUCAGCCUGUAUAUGGACUGUCCACAAGAUUUGGUACUCCAUGGGAUAAGGCUGCAGUGCCCAAAUGCCUCUGCCCGUGCACACUUCAUAGCAGCUGUUCAGCGUGGCGACAUCACAUGGCAUGCAGGACCAAUGAACAUGCAAGCGGAGAACUCGCCACUCUGGUUGUUUAACUUUGGCCUUGACCUUGGUGCUGAUCUAGACAAGUUGUUUGGCAUUGUGAGGAAGUAUAGAACCAUGAGCCAGAGAGAUGUACCAGGUCUGACCCAUGCAGCCAUCCCCAGUCUUGUGGAGAAAGGAAUCAAAGCACUGACAGUGGGUGUCAAUGACAUGAGUGCUCCCCCUGACGUACCUCACCCGCUGUUCAGGUGGCAGUAUGGCAAGGCUGAGGUCCUGGCCACUUGGCAUCCUGGUGGUUACCCUGACGACCCUGGCCCCACUCCUAAGCUGCCCCGUGGUUUGAGCAGGAAGGACUGUGUUGUGGUUACUGGGUUUCCUGAUGCCAUGUGCUUUGCUUUUAGAACUGACAACUCUGGCCCUCCUGUAGAUAUCAAGGAAAUCAAACGAUACUUCAGCAUCUUACAAGCAGAAUUUCCAAAUGCAGUCAUCAAGGCAUCCAACCUGGAGACCUUCAUGGCAACCAUUGAACCAAUCAAAGCCAAGCUUCCUGUGGUUACCAAGGAGAUAGGAGACACUUGGAUACAGGGCACAGCCUCUGACCCCAGAAAGCAGGCAGAGUACAGGGCUAUAGCUAGAGUACUGGGGAUAUGUCUGGAAAGAGGUAGAUAUAGAAAGCAGGCAGAGUACAGGGCUAUAGCUAGAGUACUGGGGAUAUGUCUGGAAAGAGGUAGAUAUAGAAAGCAGACAGAGUACAGGGCUAUAGCUAGAGUACUGGGGAUAUGUCUGGAAAGAGGACAGUGUAGUCUACAGGAUCACCAGAUCUACAAUGCCAGCAGGUUCCUGCUGAAGUUGGGGGAACACACCUGGGGGCUCAGUACUGAGUGGGACUUUGUUCACUGGACAAAUGCUGAAUUUGGCAGAUUUAGAUCCAAUAAAAACUUCACAGACUGUGAGAAUUCUUGGAGGGAGCAGAGGUCAUUCUCCAGUGUAGCCAUGGAAGCUAUGGCCCAGCAUGUGAUUAUAGCUGAUGUUGAAGAGGAACUGGCCCAGCUCAGACCAGCCAAACCACACCUGGAAGAUUUUGAGAAGAUAGAUUUAACAAGGGGAAGUCCAGUGUUUAAAUGCAAGAACUUAGACCUGCAGUUUGGAAGUGACGGAGCUUUGACCUUGUUGAUAGAUCACAGAAGUGGGGUCCAGUGGGCAGAUGUCCUCCACCCUCUUGGUCAGUUUAAAUACGUCACCUACAACGAGACCGAUUUUGUCACCUUCAACAGACAGUAUGCGUAUAACAUCAGUAGAAAUGUGGGGAUCAUGAAGAUAAACUGUUCUAAGUAUGCCCACCCUGAGAGUAAACCCUGGCAUGUAGAUAUGGUACAGCUUUACAAGAGGAAAGAUUUUUCAUCGUGUGAGUUCUAUGUCCAGUUACAUAUGAGGGACUAUAUAACCCAGACAUUUUAUGGUGCUCCCAAAGAAAUAUGGCUGCAUUAUACUGAGGACACACCCCCUGGUGGUCAAGCUGGCUUGAAUCUUGACCUUCAGUGGUUUGACAAGACUGUGACUCGUCUGCCAGAAGCACUGAUGUUUAGUUUCACGCCACGCCAGCAGAGGGCACACCAGUGGAGAAUAAAGAAACUUGGGCGGUGGAUUGACCCCCUUAAUUUGGUGCAGAACGGCAGCAGCCUACAACAUGUGAUUGACGAUGUUAUUAGCUACACCAAACAAAACUUUUCCUCGGGAAUUCAGAUCGCCAGUGUAGACGCCCCUCUAGUGGCGCCAUCUGCAGAAGGCAAGAUGGCGACACCAUUUCCUGCUCCUCUGACACCAUUGAAAACAAUUGACAGUAUGAGCUUCAUAUUGUACAACAACAUAUGGGGGACUAAUUACAUAUUCUGGUAUCCUUACCUUGACGAAGAUAAGGAUUUUAAGGCAAGAUUUCAGCUUAAGUUUUUAAGAUGAUUUCAGUCUGUGUUCCCAUGAUGAAUAUGUACAGAAUCAAGGAGUUAUAACAGACUCCUUGACAGAAUAACGUUUUAACUAAAUUUUAAAAUUUUAAUUUUCAUUGUAAACUUUUUGCCAUAAAAACUCAAACUACUUUGUAAACCAAUAAACCCAACAUGAAGAAUGUUUAACCAUGGUAAUACCUUAUUGCCUAUAUGAUAGACUGUUGCUAUGUUGUUGCCAAAAGGUGUAGCUACCAGUAUAAUUUAUAUAAUUCAUUGCGCAAUAGUAACAAACAUAGUCUGCUGAAGAAUUGUGUAAUGGCUUCAAUGCAUUAUACAAGAGAAGAAUGUUUUGCUAGGACAUGAUCAUGCAUGUUAUUAAGGCACACUGCACCAGUACAUGAACAUGCACUGCAGUAAUGAUACUGGUCGGUGCUCGUUGGUUUAGUCUGGGUGCUGAAUGCAGUUAUUGAAUACAUUACUCUCUUUUCCAUCUAUAGUAUUGUAAGUACCCUGGCCAAGGAAGUUACACGUGCAGUUGAAUUCAUUAAACCGAAUAGCACCCAUCUCUCGCGAGUUAAAUAUUUGAGGUUCAAAUAUUGUGAUAAUGUUGUCGCACAAGGCAAUCCUAGUGUCAACGUGUACUAUAUUGUUUUAGACAUUUUUAUGUCAGUUUGUUUCUUAAACUUUUCAUUCCACUGUGUAUCUCAGGAAACCACAUUCUGAUUUAAAAUUUACGUCUGAUGACAAAAUCUACAGAUAAUAAAAAAUUCGUCUACAAAUAAUCGCUUAAAUGUUCACUAAUCCAAUCAAUUU